AUGCAGCACCAACAGUACUCUCACCACCAGGACAUGAACGGCAAUGGUCUCCCCCGUCGUCUGGAUUCUGCCUCAUACUCCCAUAACCAGCCUCAAUACCCAUCCCGCAACCAGAGCCAGCAUUAUCAAUCGGUUAAUGCUCAGGCAUAUAGUCUCCAUCAGCAACAGCACCAACAGCACCAACAGCAGCAGCAGCAGCAGCAACACUCGCUGCACGGUAUGACCGAGGAGGAGUUCGAGGAAAUGGAAGACCGCCGUCGGAUGCAGCAGCAAAUUCUGCGCGAUAAGUUGGCCGUGGCCGAUUCCAAGCGUCAGCCGGACCCCAACAUGACUGUGAAGAUGACGACGAGCACGGGCUUUGCGCUCGGAGCGUUUGACAUGUCCGAGUCGCUUGCUAUUGUUGAGGAUCUGCUUGACUACUUUGGCGAGGACGACCUCAAUGAGUUUGAAGACGGAGGAGAACGAUACAACGAGUCGCAGGUCAUCGAGGCAGAGCGCACUCACCAACAGCGUGAAUCCCUCGUGCGCCAUCUGUACGACUCGGAGGAAGACUACGUCCGUUCGCUACAGGACAUUUAUUCCUGCUACAAGAAGCCCCUCCUCGCCAACCUCAACGCCGCAGAGUCCUCUCGAAAGACGGGCAUCCUCGGCACCUCCUCGGGUGUCAAGGCUGUCGCUUCCAAGGAAGAGAUCGAUGCCCUCUUUGGAAACCUCGACCAGUUGAUCGAGUUUCACGAGAAUAUUCGCUCCCUACUGGAGGGGCGAUCCAAGAUCUGGGGCCCUACUCAAAUCAUGAGCGACCUCCUCCUCACCGUCAUUCCUCGGUUCAAAAUGUACAGCAAAUACUAUACCAACUUCAACGCCGCCUUAACCGUCCUCGACCGCAUCUCUAGGGCAGCACACUGGAAAAAGUUCAUCGACCAAUGCGCGGUAGAGAACCCUCCAGGAACACCCAGCCUUCACCUCAUGCUCACUUACCCUCUUAAGCGCCUCUCCAUUUACCGUGAUCUCGUCAACGCCAUCUGCCAAUCGACUCAGGCAACCCAUCCCGACCAUGCCAACUUGACGCGUGCCAUGGACAUGAUCAACUUGAUCGCGAGUGAGCUCAAGAACGAGCGCUUGAUGGCACAGGACCAAUUGGCGCUUUGGGACAUCCAGUCGAGCAUGGUUGGAUUGCCCGAGCCCAUUAUGAUCCCAUCAAGACGUUUGCUCCUCAGAGCAGACAUGCACAAGUGCGACUCUGCUCUUGCCCUUGAACCUAGGACAUACUACCUCAUGAACGAUGUCCUCCUGUAUUCACGCUUUGACCCCAAGAAGAACAUUCACACCUUCAAGGGAAUGUUUGACUUAGCAAGGACGCAGAUUAACAACCCAGAGGACAAUGUCACUCUGCCUCAGUUGCCCAACUGUGUUCAGAUCGCUAAUUCAGGACGCACGCAGAUGAUGCGGUGUCGAAGCCGUGAGGAGCGCAACUACUGGAUGGAGACCAUGCGACAGGCAGCAGAUAUUGUGACCAGGAGCUUGGACGAUCCCUCGACUCCACUCGGAGAUGUUCUCCCCUUGCGCAAGUAUGCCAACUCAAUUGCCUCGGACUCUUCGUCUUCGCUGGGCAACCAUACCGGCAUGACCUCGGGAUCGAUUAAUAGUGCCAACCGGCCCUUUACCGAUUCGCGGUCGAUCAACUCCAAGUCGAGCACAGAGUCGUCGACUUCCAAGCCUAGACGGCCCAACCCUCAGGCGGACUUUUAUGGAUGCUCAUUUGGUGUUGAUGUGACCCCUCCUUCGACCGAGGAUAACUACAGGCCUAGCCCAUUGGCAUUGAAUUCGGCCAUGUCCAAGAACUCUUCGUCCUCGUCGGUCUCGACUGGUGCCACUUCCCACUCCAACUCGACCGCGACCUCCAAGCCCACUCUAGGUGCCGUCCUAGCCGCCAUCCCUGUCGAGCAAUUGACACCGAAGCAGGCCAAGGCCAAGGCAGCAUUGGCGGCGGCGGUUGAGGCAAGAAGACAAGCACGUUUGAAACAGGAGGCCAAGAACGGUGGACCGGCCAAGUCUGAGAUGAACAAGAACAUCAGCUUGGACUUUUCUAGCAGUUUCAUCCCUGCCAAGGAGCGCAUUGCCAAGUUUGGCGCAUAA